AUGCCUCGGGGGCAAAAGAGUAAGCUUCGUGCCCGUGAGAAACGCCAUCAGGCCCGGAUCGAGGCUCAGCGUGCCCAGGAUGCUCAGGCCACUGCAGCAGAGGAAGAACAGCCCUCCACUUCCUCCUUUUCUCCUUCUGGUGGUAGUGCUCAGAGCUCCUCAGCUGCUGGCCAAGAUGAGGAAAAACCAAGCACCUCUCAGGCACAACCCAACACUGGUCGUUACCACAGAACCCCUCUAGAUGACAAGGCGAUUCUAUUGGUGCAAUUCCUGCUGCGCAAGUAUAACACGAGGGAGCCCAUAACAAAGGAAGACAUGAUUAAGCAUGUCCUCAAAAAGCACAAGGAGCAUUUCUGUGAGAUUCUCAGGAAAGCCUCUGAGCUAAUGGUGCUGGCCUUUGGCAUUGAUCUGAAGGAAGUCGACCCUACCAGGCACCACUAUGCCCUUAUCAGCAAACUGCAGCGCACCAAUGAUGGCAGGCUGAGGGGUGAGGAAAUCAUGCCCCAGACCGGCCUCUUGAUGACCGUCCUCUGUGUGAUCUUCAUUAAGGGCAACUGUGCCACUGAAAAGGAUAUGUGGGAAGUGCUUAAUGUGAUGGGGAUAUAUGCUGAUAAGAAACACUUCAUCUACGGGGAUCCCAAGAAGCUCAUCACUGAAGUUUGGGUGCAGGAAAGGUACCUCCUGUACCGCCAGGUGUCCAACAGCAAUCCUCCAUGCCGUGAGUUCCUGUGGGGUCCAAGAGCCUAUGCCGAGACCAGCAAGAUGAAAGUCCUUGAAUUCUUGGCCAAGGUCCAUGAUAGCGUCCCCAGUGCCUUCCCAUCCUGGUAUGAAGAGGCUUUGCAAGAUGAGGAAGAGCGAGCCCGAGCCAGAUUUACAGCUCUGGUUCAUACUGGGCCUUCCAUGGCCAAUUCUGGCAGCUUCUCCCACCUGUAUUGA